AUGGGACUUGACGACUUCCCCGCGAACUGGGGUGUGGCUGUUCAGCACAACACAGAUGAGCUGACCUUUCGAUUGAAGACAUGGCUGGGAUGUUUUGUAGUCAGCACCAAUGUGGCGGCUUGUCUCUCGUUGCCCCCACCUAUGUGUUCUGUUGCCUAUUUGAUGCCUGGAAUUCGCAACCGUAUCAGGAGUGAACUACCAGAUAACUUCCUGGCCGUGUUGGAAAUUCAAGCAUAUUCGACCAGGGCAGCUUCCAUACUGUACAGCCAACCUAACAAUCCGACCCAAAGAUCGUUCAUAGAACUUCUUGAGAGUGAUUUGGACGCGGUAGAAGCCCGCAUACCGAGCCCUGUCUCACCAACACUUCAAGUCGGCAUUCUCACUGCACGUCUUCGGUUGUAUUCAUUACCACUCCUCUCUCGAGCAUCAUCCAGAACCAUAGACGGGUACCCAGAUACUCUUUCAAAUGCCGUUUGGUACAAGGGGUUCCAUACUGCUAUGCAGUUGGCAACUGUUUUUGCGGACUCGAAUCAGCCAGACGGUGUGAAUGAAGCUGGCUCGGCAGAUGAUAUCCUCUCUAUGCACUCCCCAAAAUACUAUUUCCAUGCGCUUGUAAUGGCAGGCAUGUAUUUCAUCAAUUUGCUUGUUAUUGAUAAGAACAUAUCCGUCCCUGACAAGCUGCUCGCCCACAACCAUAUCAAAAAGGUCUAUGAAAUGCUCAUGACCCAAUCAAACGAGGACAGGGACGAGGCUUCUAGAGCUGCCAAAGCCAUUGACUUUUUAUCACGUCAUGUCGAGCUACAGGAUACAUCACUGGAUCUACGCGAAUCCACUCGUGAAAAGCGACCUUUGACCAUCAUCGGCAGUGGAAUGAGGAUGGCAGGAGAGGUUCGAAGCAAGCUCGGAAACUUUGAAUUACCUGCCGAAUGCGAGCCUGAGCCUGAGCUGGCACCCACCAAUGCCGAUAUGUCAAUGUUUCAAGAUGGAACAGAACUGCCGCUAUGGGGAGAUACCCUGUUCCAGUGGAACAGCUGGCUGGCUGGUAUGGACACGAUGAACACAAUAUCUAAGACACCGGAAACAAAUAUCUGA